CUUAUGAUAUCGGCUUUUUCCUCUAGAGUUCCCGGCUUUAUAACGAAUCGGCGUCGAGACGUAUAAGAGCUAUUUGCCAUCUCGCCAUUCCCACGUGUUCUCUUUCAUCCAGCGGCUGCGGCGCUCAACCUGACCCUGACCCUCCGCCCCCAGACUCGACUGGCAGCGCAGCCCCACCUAGCCUCGUACUGGUGUCGGAUGCGAGAGCCUAUGCUUAAGUGAGAAAUCAGGCCUCAACUGGAGACAUUCAAGCAAAGGUUGGACAACUACUUUUCCAGAACAGAAAGGAAACUCAUGCAUCAGAAAAGGUGACUAAUACACAUACCAUAAGAAUAUGGCUGCACAAAUACCAGAAUCUGAUCAGAUAAAACAGUUUAAGGAAUUUCUUGGAACCUACAAUAAACUUACAGAAACCUGCUUUUUGGACUGUGUUAAAGACUUCACAACAAGAGAAGUAAAACCUGAAGAGAUCACCUGUUCAGAACAUUGCUUACAGAAAUAUUUAAAAAUGACUCAACGAAUAUCCAUGAGAUUUCAGGAAUAUCAUAUUCAGCAGAAUGAAGCCCUGGCUGCUAAAGCAGGACUCCUUGGCCAACCACGAUAGAGAACUCCUGAUGGAUGGACUUUUGAUGAAAGAUUGCCAAUAGCUAUUGCACUGGAAAUGAGGAUUCCCCUGAUAGAAUCCCCUGAAAGCAGUAGCCACCAUGUUAAACCAUCUGUCAUGACUGUUUUGCAAAUGGAAACCACUGGAGAAACAAAAUUGCUAUUUACUGGAAAUAAUUAAAAUACAAGGCCUCAUUGUUCAAUGAAAAUAAUAAGAUAUAGUAUCUGUUGAGACCUUAAGACUCAGCAGCUUGGUCACUUGAUUAGAAAAAUAAAACAUUGUUUCUUCAAUUGUGACUGUUAAUUUUAAAGUAAAUUAUGUGUUCAAUCAUGUAUGAGAUGGAAAAAAUUUUUUUAUUACUAAGAGAAAGAUAAGUGGAAAUAUCACUGAGCAGUUGUUAUAUUAUGUGGGACCAUAGUAUUCUGACUGGACUGUGGAUACGUUGAAACGUUUUUCAAUCAGGAUCAUCCUCCAAGUAUUCCUGUUCAUUCAUGUCUGCCUCAAAUUGCUGGUAAAUACAUAAAAUAGUUACUUACUAAUCAUUUCAAUGCACAAUCCUUUUCUUGCCUCCCUUCUUGUGUCAGGGUGGGCACUACAUAUUCUUAUGCUAGCAACAUUUUCAUGUAUCUUCAGGAAACACCCCAUUUGAGACUACCCUGGGAAUGUUUAAGAGUUGAUUAUUACACUUUAGGGGAGACUAUAUUGUUUUGUGUUUUGUUCAAAAGCCGAGAACCCAACAUGAAUGAUUCAAAGUCAGGCUAACAAUAUACAGUGUAUUCUCAGCCAUUGCAUCUGAUCAGUGUAAUAAAAAAUAAACCAAAGUUAAAGUUGUGUCUUAUGACAAAAUGAAUCUUAAAACAAAUUCAGGCAUUUGCAGGAAAUUCUAGUUGAUGCAUAAGUACACCCAGCAGUUUGGUAAGUACAAGUGGACUAACACCUAUUAAUAAAUUGACUUAUGAAUGGAUUUUAUUUGAUACUCUUAUGAACUUGUACUUAACACUAACUAGCCUGUAUGUUUAAAUUUACCGAAGUGAUUUCUAUGUUUUGUCAUAUUGGAAAGUAGAAGUAUUAUUCUGCUUUGAUAAUUUACAUUUUUCUGUAUUACAUCUAAUUUUUAAGCCAUUAGGUCAUUUAACUAACAGUAGCAUUUAACUUAUAGGCCUCUGUUGACAUUGCAGUCAAUAAUUUUAAUGUCUUUGAAAGUACAAAGAUAAACAAUGUUAACAAUGCUAUCUUUAAAGUUGAAAUGUUGAAACAUGUAUAAUAUUCAACAAAAUAUAAAAUUCAUUAUAGUCAAAGGAACAUGAAAGAAUAAGCUUGUUUCAUCUUACAGCAAGAAAAGCAAACAAAAAUUUAGAGAUUUCACUCAUUUAAAACUUUGGGCCAUUCACAUACACACUGCUAUUUCUGUGUAAUCAAGCCCAACAUGGUUAUUUAUUGUGUUUGUUUCACAAAGAUAACUGACUAUAUGCUUACCUGGCAAAUACGGGGAAUUCUGUGCAACAGCAUCUCAAAUACCUUGGGAGGAAGUGUAUGUUUGAAAACUUUCAGAAGUUCCCGCGGUUGCCCACACACCAAAAGGGCAUUGCUGAGAUGUUCAACCCCCAUUCGAUGCUCUCCUGAAACAGAUUGGUAAGUUUAGAGCAAGAUUUUAAAGCUCUUCAAAAUAUACAUUCUACAGAUUACCAAGGAAGCACCAACAUUAAAACUACAAAAUCAUAUCAAACUAAAGACUAUUUAAACAAGUCUCAAAAAGAGUAAAGUGUAUAAAGGGGAAAUGUUGAGCUGCCAAUUAGAUUCACUGUGGUCAGGCUGCCAUACGGUAACUUUAUGACCCAGAUUAUUAUUUCAGAUUGUAUUCCUGCAUUGGAAAUGUUCAUUUUUUGCAAUUUGGGUAUGCAAGAGGGAGGUAUUGAGUUUUUUUAAAAGGCUGUCGUGUGGUGUUACUGACACAAGUUAUCUUUAAAUUCUGCAUGUGUAAUUGAUGUAACAGAUGAAACAUCUUGAUGUUCUAGCUAAAUGAGACUUUUUAAAAAUAGAUUGUAUUAUCAAAGAGUUGAAACAAGAUUAGUGUAAUAUGAAUUACAUAUUCAGGGGAAGAAAAGAGAUUUAUGAACUUUGAUUUCUAAGUGGUUUUAAAAUUAGUUUUAGAAUGAUUGGCUGUAAAGUAGAAUGAAAAUUCGUGAAGAGUGGAAACUAAUCACAGAAUUUCUAUUUAAGUUAAAACAUGGAAUCACUUAGUCUCACUACCUUGUUUUAGGAAACUGAGGCAAAGAUAAAUGAAAUAAGGUUUCAAAGCUAUUUAAUGCCAGAAUUAGUAAUAGAACCUAAUUUUCUGAACGCUGGGACUACUAUGUGCUGCCUCUCUUCAGGUGUUAUGAAAUAACAGAGUUGAAAUUUUGACAUAUUUAACAUAACUAGGUAGGAAAUAAACUUUGUAUCGAACAUUUUAAAGAAAAAGGAAAAGAUAUAAUAGUGCCUGCUCUCAAGUUGAUGGAGCUAAUGUGACCCAAAAACAAUAAUCAACUUGGUCGAUUAAGUCAAUCAAACAAUAAAUUCAAUCAAAUUGGCUAAUCAGAUUUCAAUAAAAAUUUUUGGCUGUAUAGUCCCUCUGGUUAUACAGACAUAAACACAACUGAGAUAGUCCUAUAACCAUCAACAAAGUAGUGCUGAUUAGGAGUGGUGGCAGAAAGGAGCAGAGGAAACUGAUACUCUGGGUUAAAAAUGAUUGCAUCCAAACACUGGUUCUCAACCAGUAUACUGUAAUAACCUAGGGAGGUUUAAAGAAUACUGACACCUGGGUCCCACUCCAGAGGUUGUUAUUUAAUUGGCUUGGGGUUUGGUCGGGACUUAAAGAAAAGCAACCAAAAUGAUAGCUGCAUUAGAAGUAAAAUAUAGUAGAAUUAUAUAACCCUAAAAGUGCUAAUUAAUUUAUACAAUAAAAUACAAAAUUGGCAAGACCCUUCCCAGAACCUUCAGGGAGGCCCAUGCAAAUGAAGGUCCUUAAAACUUAUGCUUUAUUACCUUGUGUAAAAUCACUUCUGUUUAUAUUAUCUAAGUCCUAACUAUUCAUUGUGUCAUUAAUACUUAACAGAUACUUUUAGUCCAUUUAUAAAACUACCUAAGAGAAAAUAUUGUACUGAAUAAAGUAUUAAAAUUUCAAA